ACAUUUAUAGCAUCAAAUGAAUUAAAUAUAUAUGUAAAAUAAAUUUAUUUACAAGUGUUUGGAUGAAUUUUGCUAACAAAAAUGACAGAAGAUAGUAAAACAUCUCCUGUACAAGAAUUUAAAUUAGAUCCUGACCAUGAAUUACGAUUUGAAGUAGAAAGUAAAAAAGAAAAAGUUAUUUUAGAGUUAAAAAAUGGAAUGGCAGAAAUUUUUGGUACGGAAAUUGUUAAAGGUAAAUUUUAUGAAUUUACCGCGGGAGCAAAAAUUGCAGUUUAUACAUGGCAUGGAUGUACGGUUGAACUACGUGGUAAAACAGAUGUUAGCUAUGUAGCUAAAGAAACGCCCAUGUUAAUGUAUUUAAAUUGUCACGCGGCAUUGGAACAAAUGCGAAUGUUAGCCGAUAAAAGUGGUAAACGAGGCCCAGUUACAAUUGUUGUUGGACCAACCGAUGUAGGUAAAUCAACCGUAUGCCGAUUAUUAUUAAAUUAUGCUGUACGUGCUGGUAGGCGUCCCAUAUUUGUUGAUUUAGAUGUGGGGCAAGGACAAAUUUCAAUACCCGGAACAAUAGGUGCAUUGCUAGUUGAACGACCAGCAACUGUUGAAGAUGGUUUUUCUCAGGAAGCACCUCUUGUAUUUCAUUAUGGUUAUAAUUCGCCCCAUCAAAAUACCAUUUUAUAUAAUUCCCUAGUCACUCGAUUAGCUGAAACUAUUGCCGAUCGUAUGCAAGCACAUAAAAAAGCCAAAAUGUCUGGAGUUAUUAUUAAUACUUGUGGAUCAGUAAGAGCACAGGGUUAUUCACAAAUCGUUCAUGCAGCUGAAGCAUUUGAGGUGGACGUAAUAUUAGUUUUAGAUCAUGAAAGACUUUAUAAUGAACUAGUACGAGAUAUGCCUGCAUUUGUUAAAGUAGUUUUCUUACCAAAAAGUGGUGGUGUUGUAGAGCGAAUAAUGAGUGUUCGUGCUGAAGCCCGUGAUGCACGUGUUCGUGAAUAUUUCUACGGUAAUCGUACACCAUUUUAUCCACAUUCAUUUGAUGUAAAAUGGAACGAAGCAAAAAUAUUUAAAAUUGGUGCACCUGAUUUACCUGACUCAUGUAUGCCAUUGGGUAUGAAAGCUGAAGAUAAUAAAUUAAAAUUGGUACCAGUACAAAUUGGACCAACUAUACUACAUCAUAUAUUAGCUGUAAGUUUUGCUGCAUCACUUGAAGAGGAUGUUGUACAAACUAAUGUUGCUGGAUUUGUUUGCGUAACAAAUGUAGAUACAGAGAGACAAACGUUUACAGUGUUAUCACCACAACCUCGGCCGUUACCGAACACUUUACUAUUACUUUCCGAUUUACAAUUCAUGGAUAACCACUGAGAAUUGAAUAUUAUUUAGUUAUAUUUUUAAGAAAAUUCCUUAUUAAGGUUUUUAAAUACUACAGUGCUAUUAACAGUAAAUAUCAGAAUAUUUUGAUAUUGUCGGACAUUGUUAAACCUGAAGGAUUAACUGUAAAUAAUGUGAUGAGUGAUUAUGUAUUU